GAAUUAGGUUGAACUACGAAUCCCGUGAUGCAGUUCGGCAAUGACGACUUUCUCAAGCGCCGGGUAAAGGAUUGAUGAGUGGUCGCGACAGAAAGCAAGACAUUUAACCAGCUGUCUUCAUGGUGAUGAAGUCGUCGUGUGAGGAGGAUGAGGGAGCCUGGGGUCUCGGGAUCCCUGACAAGAUGAGGAACAAUGCAGAUUGGGUGGAUAUCACGCAAGACUUUAAAGCAUCAUGUAAAGAACUGAAACUCGGCGAACUGCUUCAUGACAAAUUGUUCGGUCUUUUCGAGGCCAUGUCUGCCAUCGAGAUGAUGGACCCGAAGAUGGAUGCCGGCAUGAUCGGGAACCAAGUGAACCGGAAAAUCCUAAACUUCGAGCAGGCUGUGAAGGACGAGGCGAUCAGAGUGAAGGAUCUGACAUUACCUGAGCUCAUUGGCAUCGUGGACACGUGCUUCUGCUGCUUGAUAACUUGGCUGGAAGGACACUCGCUGGCACAGACCGUGUUCACGUGUCUGUAUGUCCACAACCCUGAACUCAUCCAGGAUCCUGCUCUCAAAUCCUUUGCCCUCGGCAUCCUCAAAGUGUGUGACAUCGCACGUGAGAAAGUCAACAAGGCCGCCGUCUUCGAGGAGGAGGAUUUCCAGGCCAUGACUUACGGAUUCAAAAUGGCCAACAACGUGACGGAUCUGAGAGUAACAGGAAUGCUAAAGGAUGUUGAGGAUGAGCUGCAGAGGAAAGUGAAGAGCACACGGAGUCGACAGGGUGAGCAGCGGGAUCCUGAGGUGGAGCUCGAUCAUCAGCAGUGCCUGGCCUUGUUCAGCAGGAUCAAAUUCACUCGCCUCCUACUGACAGCGCUCAUCUCCUUCACCAAGAAAGAGACAAGCGCAGUGAGUGAAGCGCAGAAGCUGAUGACUCAGGCAGCAGAUCUCCUGCCCGCGAUACACUCCACCAUUCAGUACGGCAUUCAGUCACAGAAUGACACCACGAAAGGAGAUCACCCAAUUAUGAUGGGCUUUGAACCUCUGGUAAACCAGCGCCUGCUUCCGCCCACUUUUCCUCGCUAUGCCAAGAUCAUCAAGCGUGAGGAGAUGGUCAACUACUUCACCAAACUCAUCGAGCGCAUCAAAAUCGUGUGUGAUGUCAUCAACACCAGCAACCUGCACAGCAUCCUGGACUUCUUCUGUGAGUUCAGUGAGCAGUCCCCUUGUGUACUGUCCAGAUCUUUACUACAGACUACGUUUCUAAUCGACAAUAAGAAAGUGUUCGGGACUCACUUGAUGCAAGACAUGAUCAAAGACGCUCUGCGCUAUUUUGUCAGCCCGCCGGUUCUGUCCCCGAAGUGCAGUCUGUACAACAACCACCAGGCCAAAGAUUUCAUCGACUCCUUCGUCACACACUGCUCUCGGCCGUUCUGCAGUCUGAUUCAGAUCCACGGUCACAACAGAGCACGACAGAGAGACAAGCUGGGACACAUCUUGGAGGAGUUCGCCACCCUGCAGGAUGAGGCUGAGAAGGUAGACGCAGCUCUGCACGGGCUCCUGAUGAAGCUCGAGCCUCAGAGGCAGCACCUGGCAUGUCUGGGCACCUGGGUCCUCUACCACAACCUGCGCAUCAUGAUCCACUACCUGCUCAGCGGCUUUGAGCUCGAGCUCUACAGCAUGCACGAAUACUACUACAUUUACUGGUACCUGUCGGAGUUCCUGUACGCGUGGCUAAUGUCCACUCUGAGCCGAGCCGACAGCUCUCAGAUGGCAGAGGAGCGCAUCCUGGAGGAGCAACAGCAGAAAGGACGCAGUAGCAAGAAAAGCAAGAAGAAGAAGAAAGCUCGUCCUCUGGGGAAAGAGAUCACCAUGAGCCAAGCGUACCAGAACAUGUGUGCAGGAAUGUAUAAGACGAUGAUAGCCCUAGACAUGGACGGAAAGGUACGGAAGCCCCAGUUCGAGCUGGACAGCGAGCAGGUGCGCUACGAGCAUCGUUUUGCACCCUUCAACAGCGUGGUGACUCCUCCACCAGUGCACUACAUCCAGUUUAAGGAAAUGUCCGAUCUGAAGAAGUACAGUCCUCCUCCGCGUUCGGCCGACUUGUACAUGGCGGCCAGCAAACAUUUCCAACAGGCCAAACUCAUCCUGGAAAACGUCACCAGCCCUGACGCCGAGGUGAAUCGUAUCCUCAAAGUGGCCAAACCCAACAUUGUCGUGAUGAAGCUGCUAGCUGGAGGACACAAGAAGGACACCAAGGCCCUCCCUGAAUUCGACUUCUCCGCACACAAGUACUUCCCUAUAGUAAAAAUCAUCUGACAACAUCUCAAAGGCUUGUGUCUCCUCGAUCUGCUCCGCUGACCGGGUCAUUUUUGUUGCAGUUAACGUCAGAGCAUCACGCCACAUCACUCAGUCCAAACAUCACACAUGACUAAGACUGUAAAGUCGUUGUGGCAAAAGAGUCUACGUUCUAAUUUAGAGAGGACUAUUACACAGAUCAAGGUUUCUAUGUCGUGAAAUAGCCGAGGUUGUAUACAGAUGGCAUUGUGUGUGUGUCAGGGAGAGCAAGUGAAUGAAGGUCUAUCCAUUACCGUGUGUGUGUGUGUGUGUACUGUAACGUGUACAUCUGUCCUCGUUUGUUACUUUUGAAUUAAAACAUCAUGCCGAACUUA